CUGGUCAUCACUCUCUCGCCUCCGUCACCAGCAUGAAGACUUAUGUACUCGUCCUCCUGGGUGUGGUCGCCCUGGUCGCCGCCAGACCUGACGUUGACCUCGACGAAAUCCACCAAGAGCAGAACAUCGACGACGACAACACCAUCACCGGCUCCUACAGGUGGACGUCUCCUGAAGGCGUGGAAUACUUCGUCAAGUACAUCGCUGACGAAGACGGUUACCGCGUCCUGGAGUCCAACGCCGUUCCCGCCACCGCUGACGGCGUCAGGGCUGACGGCGCUCAGGGAUCCUUCGUGUCCUCCGAGGACGACGACGACGACGACAGGAAGUAAACAGCAGCAGCAUCCUGCAGGAGAUGUGCUCCCUUGAACACCACGGGCGACAGUCUUGAUGUUAUUGAAGAACUGAGAGACUGACUACUAUCUUUUCCUCUUUAUUCUUUCACUUUCUUACUGAUUGUAUUAUUUAUUUUCUCUCACGAUACUGUUAUUUAUUUAAAUGAAUUAUUAUAUAAAGACUAUAAACAAA